UUUGCUCAGCGCUAAAGGGAUUCCACACGCCGCCCCGUAAAUCUAGGCUCUUUGGUUGGGCAGCUAUCAUGGCAUGCCAUAAACCAUGCAAGUUGCCAGGGGGAAAGUAUCUUGGUUCUUACUGUGUCCAUUCGAUGCCGGCGCCAGGCUGGGUCCUGCGGACCGAGAGCACAGGUUUAGACGGGUCCCGAGGCCCAUGGCUCGCAUGAUAUAAAUCGGGCCACGCAACAAGAUAUGCUCUGUCCCCGUUGCCUGCUGUCUUUAUUCGUUUGUGCCCCCAACAACUGUAGCCUCACUAGUUUAUUUCUUAUAUCUUGACAAGAUGGCUCAAGGCAAAGUUGUCCUCACCGGCGCGACCGGCUUUCUCGGCUCUGCCAUCCUCAUCGACAUCCUUAAGGCCGGCUACGAGGUGAACAUAGCUGUGCGCAGCGAGUCCAAGGCCAAGUUCGUCCGGGAAGCACCCGCCAUCGCCUCCCUCGGGAAGGACUCGGCAUGCAAGUACUUCAUCGUCCCGGAUCUCACCACCGAGGGAUGUCUGGAUGAGGCCACGGCUGGCGCGGACAUGGUCAUCCACUGUGCCAACCCAAUGCCGUUCACAGACGGAGACGCGGAGAAGGAUAUCAUCCAGGCCGUCCAGUGCACCCUGCAGGCCCUCGAGAGCGCCAAGAAGGCCGGCACAGUGAAGAGGGUAAUCAUCCUCUCGUCGGUCGGCGCCUUUGCCGGGCCAGAUCUGGUCGGGGGUUCAUACGUCCCUCAUGAGGAGAUCUUGGUCGGCGAGAAGAUCAACGACGACUUCGGGCCACCAUUCGUCAACCCGCUUGUCGCAUACUGCGCGGCCAAGACGGCCGCCCUGAAGCGGUCACUCGAGUGGAUGGAGAAGGCCGUCGCCGAGGGCACCGUCAACUUCGACCUUAUCAACCUGGCGCCCUGUUACAUCUUCGGAAAGGUGCCCCUGGCCACAAGCGUCAAGGAUAUCAUGGUAACCAGCAACUCGGUGAUCCUGCCUCUGUUAACGGGCGCGGGACGCUCGCCGGACGGGAAGCCCGGCCCAGCAACGCUGUGCGGCGGCUUGACCAUUGACGACUUCGUGAAGACGGCUCACCAGAGCCUGGACCUGGACAAGGUUAAGACGCCGAGCUCUGGGCCCAGCAAGCACAUCGCCACAUUUGUGUUUUCAUCCAGGUUCAAGUGGAACGAUGUCUUCCCGAUCCUGGCUAGGAAGUGGCCUGAGGAGGUCAAGAAGGGAAUCCUGGCUGGCGAGGGUGAUUACCCUUCGAAGCCGAGAAUUGGUUUCGCUAUGGAGGACUUCAGAAAAACUUUCGGCUUCGAGAUGUCAGAUGUCGAGACCAUUCUUGAUGGCGUGGUUCCCCAUUAUUUGGAGAUGUUAGAGAAGGAUAAGUCCGUAUCGGCAGCCGCUUGAGUAAUUGAUUGGUCACAGCCCAUAGCUUAGCGGGUGUUGUUGUACGUAAGCACGCACGAGCCAGCUUUUCCAGCUACCAAUACAAAAUUUCUAUCCAAG